CACACGGACUACAAUCAUGUGACAUGCGCACUCGGCCCUGUCGUCGAGUUUGUUAUGACAAGUCGAGGCCUCGGACUAAAUUAGGAGCGAAGCCCCAGUUUCUGUCCAGGCGAAUCCGCGAUGGAGGGCAUGGACCUGGACCUGGACCUGGACCAGGAGCUCAUGCAGAAAUUCAGCUGCAUGGGUACAACGGACAAAGACAUCCUGAUAUCGGAAUUUCAGAGGCUCCUCGGGUUUCAGCUAAACCCCGCCGGAUGCGCCUUCUUUCUGGACAUGACCAACUGGAAUUUACAAGCAGCCAUCGGAGCCUACUACGACUUUGAGAGUCCUAACAUCAGUGCGCCGUGCAUGUCCUUUGUGAGGGACGUGACGAUUGGUGAGGGUGAAUCAGUUCCACCAGACACACCUUUCACAAAGACCUGGAGGAUACAGAACACAGGUGCAGAAUCGUGGCCUCCCGGGGUUUGUCUGAAGUAUGUUGGAGGAGAUCAGUUUGGUCAUGUAAACAUGGUGAUGGUGCGGUCUCUAGACCCUCAGGAAAUGGCUGAUGUCAGUGUGCAGAUGCAGAGCCCCGUGGCUCCUGGCAUGUACCAGGGCCAGUGGAGAAUGUGCACAGCUACCGGACUUUACUAUGGAGAUGUCAUUUGGGUGAUCCUGAGUGUGGAGGUAGGAGGUCUCCUCGGUGUCACACAGCAGCUUUCUUCUUUCCAAGCUGAGUUCAACACGCAGCCUCACCGCCACGUGGAGGGAGACUACAACCCCUUCGCCUCGCCAGAGAAGAGCAAGUGCCCAAACAGCAACAACAACAGCCUCCACGAUGCCAGCGGUCAUAGAGUCGCAGAGGAACAUUGGCAGGGAAACCCCAACGAGCGGCAGCAAGAUCAGAAUGGACUUUCACACAACUCUGUGGAUAUAGUAGCAAACAGUCUACAAAGCAAUCUAUCAGUAGUCUCUUAUAACCAGGGUAUACAGGAACCCUAUCCUUUCGGGCACUCUUAAAUCAUGGGACUUGUCAUAAUGAAGCAGCACUAAACCGUACCUCUGGAGUCUGUCACACCAAUGAGAGAAAGAAGAGGCUUUAUCAGUAGCUGGCGGAGAGUGUGGAGAUUCAAAAACACUUUAUGCAAAGUCCGGCUACACUUUGAGAAAAAAAACCAGAGGCCAACGCUCCCGACGUGCAGCUCAACCAACAUCCCACAACCCACUGUAUGCACGUGUGAAUGCUAAGUUAAAAAAAAACAAAAGGAGAGUGUUUUGAGUGAUAACUUUUCAGAUUUUUAUUUUUCUUUCUUUUUAGUUGUCGGGGUGCAAAUGAAACUGUGUGGAUAUGUGUGCGCAUUUUGCAACAGAAAGAGAGACUUUGGAGGAAAAGCCAUUUAAUUUGCCAACUGAUUCUCUAGUUUCUGCUCUGACUCUUGGGUUACUGAUUCGGUUCCCUCUAACUAAAUCUAACAGUAUGGGCGUCUCUGAAAACAUUGGACAUUGUUGUUUAUUUGAUUCUUUUUAUCUUCAUUCUAAAUGUACCCCUUUUAAGAGAUAAGGGAAAUGUGACAUCCCUUUCAGAAAUCAUGUCUUGUGCAUUUUUGGCAAUCCUUUCUUUGCUGGCAUCCUGCCUGCAAUUUCAGAUGCAGUGCAGGUAUCCUCCACUGGAGGGAGUCAACCAUUACUCUUAACAAACAGAAGAUAAGAUCGACUGAGAAACAGAACUCUUCUUUAGUAUAGCUUAUAUAAUUUGUAUCAAGCAUUUAAAGCAGGAACGCUUAAAGAGUCAUGUAAACAGAUUUAAGGAUAUUUUACAGUAUAACAAUUCAUUUUAUCAUCUAAAAUGCACUGAAAAAUCAAACUUCACUUGGAUUUAAUAGUUUUAAAUGAGCCAAAUCAUUUUUUGCUGCAUUAUAAUCUCUAGAAAAAUAAUAGUUUUCAUAUCCACAUACAUAUAUAUUUAUCAAUGAAAGGCCAAUAUCGAUAUCUUUCAGGCCCAAAAGUAUGCUGACACAUAUAGACGUACAUAUUUGAAAUAUAAGAAAAAAUGUUAGCAGAGUAUCCAUUAUUGGUAUCAAUGCAGUAUUUUCCCAGUCAUUGUCUCAAGCUAAGUUUUUUACAUGGCAACAGGAUUUAUGCACAGUAUAGCAUCAGAUAUUGAAGUUAAGCCACGGGAGCAGCAUAACUUCACAUUAUGAAAACGGGUGUUUUCUGUCAUCCUGCUCUCAGUUUAAACGUUAAAGCUGUCUCGGACCUGCUUGAAUCAUGUUAAGUUGAAUGUAUUUGACGAAUGUAGAAGAAGAUAAUAACUUUUUUUUUUUUUUUAAUUUACCCAAAGACUCGACAUUGUACAUUUGCAUUGAAUUAAUUGUAAUAAUUGUUAUGAACUUUCCGUGAUGUUCCACAUCGAUGAGCUUCUUAAACACAUUCAAUACAAAAAGAAAAAAUUCAAUCCUGUCUGAUAUUUUCAGAUUCAAAACCCGACCACACCAGCAGAACUGCUAAAAGAAAAGAAAAGAAAAGAAAAAAAAGCCAGAAUCACGUUGUCCUGAGUAAUUGUUACUGCAUAUUUACUUGCACUAACUGGCUGAUGUAUGCACCGUGACAGGGCCUGUGUGUGCUCUGCUCCAACACAAGUACUGUUAAGACCUGAAGCAUUUGUGAUUUUUAUCUGUCAUCCACAGCCACAGCGUAAAGACCAUCUCACCAGGCAAACACCCCCUUUUUUCAUGAAGGUACUAACUGUAAGCCCCAGGGUUACUGAGCUGUGACAGCACGACAGCACCAGCCAAUAAAUACUACAACUUGUCACCCUGUAUCUCUGGCCCCCCCUCACUGUUUAACAGAACAUUGUACAAUGUUUAAUCAUAAAUGUCUCUCUCUGCCAACGAAGGUGUUUGCUGUCACGGAGGGCAGAGUGCUUGUUUUUUUGUUUUUUUUUUCUUCUUUUUUGUGUAAUUUCUCUCGGAAGUUUUUCCACAGGCCAGAUUGCAGAGUGAAUCAGUUGGCUACAGACUCGUACAACAGCACAUUUAUGAGAGUGAGGAAGUGCAAACAGAUGAAAGCUUUUUUCCCGUGUGUUUGAUGAAUGUUUGUAUGAUUAAAUUAUCACUGGAAUCUAA